GAGCUUUAGUUAGAGCAGUGUCGCCUUACGGUUAGUACGAUUUAGUUAGGACCCUGUGUGCUUUUGGCUGUAUAGUUCCUGUACGUUAAUAGAAAUUUAUACCUAUAUACAUACACAAGUUUAUAGAAUAUUAUAACCAGUCAAAAAAAAAAUCCGGAACAAAAACGGCUUGUGCAGGCUUUGUGCUUUGUGUCUCUCGUCGAAUAUCACGGUGUUGCAAUUAAAAAGGAAACUGAGGGGAGAAGAGGCUCAAUUAAAAUUUGGAACCUGUAGGAAGACAGGUGGUGAAGGUGAAGAAGACAAAGAAGAACAACUAGAAGGCCAGUUCUGUGUGUGGAAGCGAGCCGAGUUUCCGAAUAGUAGUGCACCGCGCGGAACACAACAGUCAAGAGGCAGGAACGGGACGAGAAUCCGAAGCGUAGAACAAAGGAAAAUUAAACGGAACUGAUAGAAACAUUUAAUUUUAUUUCGAUAUCCUUCGCUCCUAUUUGUGCUCUGUAUCAUCACCCUCCUCUCCGUCUGCUUGUCUAUCUGUAUCUCCACGCGAGAGCCUUCCGUUCAUUUGUUUCGAUUUUUCGGUGAUUUAGUUAUUACAAGCACCUCUCGAGCAGUCGAGUUUUUGGGGUGGAAGUGUUAGUGCUGCUGUUCUGUCUUCCCUUCUCUAUAUAUCUGAAUGAAUGUAUAGAUAAUUUUCACGUUCGCGCAAAAAUAGUGAAAACCUCGCCGUCUGCUUGGCUGGUGCCAAAGUGGAGCUAGGCUUCCCGCAAGAAAGGGAAGGAUCAUAAAAACUAGAGAAAAAGGCAUAUAAUAAAAAACUAGUAUAUAAAACAUCAUAGCCCCCGACUUCCGAGAGCCGAGACAUUGCCGAGAAUCGAGCCAGAACGGAAAGACAGAGUGCUGAAUAUCGUAAGAAAGAGGCCAUCCCCCGCUUGCCGAGGAGAUAUCGCGUAUUUCUCGCUUGAAAAGCUCAAACACUCCGGGGAACUACGGCAGCCAGCAGAGAGUAGGCCACGAUACGGAAACAGGAAAGCAAAGCGAACCUGGAACUGGAACCACCUCCUGUGGGAAAAACAAAAAAAAGAAAAGAAACGGAGUGCUCUCCGUCACAACAUUUCGCGCGAGAAAAGCGCCGUAUAAUCGUGCAUAUCGUGCAGAGAUAUUAUUUACAUUUCAUUUCAUUUUAAUAGCACAACUCUCGGGACGAGGCAUUUCCUUGGAACAAAAAGAAAGCGCACGACUUCUGUUUCAAAUCUUCCUGUCUCUAUCACUCCCCCUCUUUUCCCUUCUGGAGUUGUGUAGUGUUGUUUAGAAAUAAUUACUAUCAUUAGAAGAGUGUGCAUACAAUUGGAACCGUAACCGCGAAACGUGGUGAUUGGUGAUUGGGUUGCGUUUCCCUAGUCAAUUAUACAAGAACAAGAGUUAGACCUCGAAUCCCGAACUUGGGCAGCGGUUGUGUUGUGUUGGCGUAUCCUUCGUUAACCUUGAUCUAGUGUGUGAAUAUAUUUCCUUUCGACGCGACGUCCCUCGGAGGCACAAAAAGAAUCCAGCAGCAACGACAAACGUGGGGAGAGUAUCCACAGCAGCAGCAGCAGCAGCAGCAGCAGCCAGAAAGGGACAAGUGUGCGCCUAAAGCGACCCGAGCGGAAGGAAAAAUGUUGGCAAUGUCAACGCUAAUGAUGCCUGCUCCCACGAUGGCCCUGAGUGCUGCCCCACAGCUGACAGUCGGGCCCCACAAGCCGCCAGAGACGAAACUGCUUACGAUUCACCCAGCCCACUCACAGUCCCAGACGACGCCCCAACAUCAGCUGCAUCAACACCAACAGCAGCAGGCCGUGGCUCAGGCCCAGCAACAGCAGGCGGCGGCUCAACAACAGCAAGCGGCCGCCCAACAGCAGGCCGUGGCACAGCAACAACAGCAGCAGGCCGCCGCCCAACAGCAAGCAGCCCAGCAGCAGCAACAGCUCCAGCAGCAGCUGGCUGCCACCGUCAAGCAAGAGAUGUCGUCGUCGUACCACUGGCACUUGCCACCGGCGAGCAAUGGGAACGUCGUCAAAAUGCCCUGGAAGACGUCGACGCUGACGACGACGAUGGCAACGACGGCGGCAGCGGCUACGACUAUGGUGCGACACCACGGUUCUAAUGAGAACUUAGAGCAUUAUCACAUAUUCGUCGGUGAUCUCAGUCCGGAAAUCGAAACACAGACACUGAAAGAUGCCUUCGCUCCUUUUGGGGAUAUAUCUGAUUGCCGCGUGGUUCGAGAUCCACAAACGCUGAAAUCCAAAGGCUAUGGAUUCGUGUCGUUCGUUAAGAAAUCGGAAGCGGAGAAUGCAAUCGCUGCCAUGAAUGGACAAUGGCUUGGAUCGAGAUCCAUUAGGACAAACUGGGCCACCAGAAAACCCCCGGCUACUAAGCCAGAGUUGAACGCCAAGCCGCUCACAUUCGACGAGGUGUACAACCAGAGUAGUCCAACCAACUGUACCGUGUACUGCGGCGGAGUCGGAGGCACCCUGGCCGGAGGUCUCAACGAAGACAUACUCCAGAAAACAUUUUCCCCCUUCGGCACCAUCCAGGAGAUCCGAGUUUUCAAGGAUAAAGGCUAUGCUUUCGUAAGAUUCUCGACCAAAGAGGCCGCCACUCAUGCCAUCGUCGCCGUACAUAAUUCGGAGAUCAACGCCCAGCCCGUCAAAUGCUCCUGGGGUAAGGAAAGUGGCGACCCGAACAACUCGUCUUCGCUGACAAGUCAGGCCUUGAGCCAAGCCGGAUUCCCCUUCAACACCGCGUACGGCCAACAGGUAGCUGGCUAUUGGUACCCACCGGCACCGACCUAUCCGACCACGCCAGCACCGACCGCCGCUCCACUGCAAGGGCAAUUCCUCCAGGGAAUGCAAGGAUACACGUACGGGCAGUUUGCUGGUUACCAACAAGGCUACAUGGGCAAUGAUUGCCUUUUCAGAAUGGGCAUGCAACUGCCCGGAGCAUGGCCAGGAGUCCCAACGCAGGCUCAGAUUCCAGCCACUGCCCAGCAGCUGGCACAGGCCGGAGUAGGAGGCGCCCUGCCCCAAGCUGCCGGAGUCGUCGCCUAUCCAAUGCAGCAAUUCCAGUUAGCUGACGAUGAAUGGUUAGCGCCAAGCCUCUUAGUGUAGCUCCCUUGAUGGCCAUCGUCACUGUGCGGCUGUGUGCCCCAGCAUAAGUAGAGCUCGUCCCCUUGCCUCUCUCCACGACCACUAUCACUAUCACAAUCAGCGCCAUCGUCAGAACUACUCGACGCACACCUGUGCGAAUGUUCAUUUUUGUGGGCGCAAACGCUUCGAUUUUGCCGACUCGUCGAGGCAUUGUUGUGUUCGGCGUCGUCCACAACAGCGUUGUGAACUGGUGUGGAGAGCUCCCGCGGCAGCAGCAGCAAAAACAAAACAAAAAUAAGAAGUUGAAGUAUUACAUAAACACACACAUACACAAACAGAUACAGAAAACACACUUCAAGAGAAAGUAUUGGUAUUGUACCAAAGAAAAAAACACAAAAAAAAAUGAUUUAAAAAAAGCAAACACCCCAAAGCAUAUAUAUGAUAUUAUUGGUAAGUCACACAACACAACCCCCUUAGAUAGUAACAAUGAAAGCAGUAGUGUUGAUAAUGUUUGUAAAUAAUGACAGAGAAAACAAAAUGAAGAAUAAUAUUGAAAUAAAAACACAAAAUAAGCGGUAAUCAAAUAUCAAACUUAUCCCAAAACGGAGGCAGACGAUAAAAUAGACGCGAGAAAUGAAGCAAAAGGAAAUGAAUCAGUGAGAAACAAGAGGAGAUGAAACCUCAUGCUGCUCCGAAUUGUCCAAAGAUAAUGGAGCUAAUUGAGAUAAAACGGUUGGUUGGCGAAGUGGCUGGAUGGACACCUUGACUUUGUUCUACAUAUAUUUUUCUACUUCCAGCAGCAUCGAAAAUAACAUUUUUCAGUGAAAGUUCGCUUAUUUGAAAGCAAACUGGAACAUAUGGAUUUUCCAUUUUUUGAAGAUCUUUUUCACGUUUCGAAACACAAUCACAAGUUAAUUUUUAGAUCAUCUUUUUUUUUCAUAAUAGUUUUUGUUACCAACGAGGACAACAUUUGCAGUGAAGGGCACAAGAUACUCUUUUAAACAAGAGAGAAAUUCGAGCAAUGAAAGAAGAUAAUCAGCUCGAUUUACUCACACCCACUAAAAUAUAUAUAUAUUGAUAUGGUACACUUAUAUACAUAUACAACAAAGAAGUAAACAUAGAUAGGGAUUAUUUUAAACGAAUACAUGUGAAAGAGCGAAUACAUGUAACCGGCUGAGCUCGGUAUCUCUACAUGCACCCGAUUGCUGUUGUUGGGAGAUGUUGGGCGCUAUGGCUAAACCAAAAUAUUUUAUGUUAAAGUAACUGAAUCUCCAGCAAAGAUUCAGACCAGCUUAAAAAAAAGUUAGUGAAUAGAGGAAGUAUUAAUAGAACAGCGACACAAAAAAAAACAAAAACCAAAUAUUUAAUGGAAAGAGAAGGUAAACAAAGUUUAACCUGAAACCAUUAAACACUAAACACACUACACACAUAAACCACGAAGCAAUUACCUAUGGGAAAAAAGUAACAAUUGAACCUAAGAAAUACAAGAAAAAAGAAAACAACAUGUGUUUAAAACAUAUAGAGCAACAUGAAUUACAAUUAUCGAAAUGAAUAAUAAGUACCAAUAAAAAUAACUAAAGGAAAAGAAAUUAAACUCAACCAAAUAUUGGGUAGUCAAUGAGGCAGAAUUAACUUGUAGACAAACAAAAAAGUAGGCGCAGAUGAUUUUAGUGUAUUUCUUUUUUAAAACCCGUUCUUUAUUACGCUUGCGAAUGUUACGGCGAAGAGUUUUUAAUUUUAGAGCAAAAAGCAGAGAUGUUAGAUGCGGCCAAAAGCGAAUACUGUGUUAUUUUCCUCUUUUUCCUCUCCCCAUCCAACUCAUCCUCCCACCUCCCAAACCCCAGUAGGUAUUGUUGGUUGUAUUAGUGAAACAUUCCUGCUUUGUUGGUCCGAAGAAAGCAGCAGUAAGAGAGCAAACAAAAACCAACAAACGAAGCGGUUCGCGAUUUGUGGUAAAUAGUAGUGUUUUAGCAGUAGAGGCAGUUUAGUAGAAAUCGUUGUUGUCACUUUUGUUUCUGUCAUUGACUUUGACAGGCGAACCGUCCCUCAGUUCAGCAGCAAACGAGAAAAAAAAACUCAUUUUGUGUGUUCGAAAACGCAAAUCGAAGUAGGCUUUAUCACUCCUUCAAGCACCUUCUUCCCUGGCCACAAUCUUCCAUACCCCCCCGCCCUAUCUCUAUAUAUUACAUCUAUCUCUCUAACUAUCUUCAUCGGAGCUAGUCUACUCAAACGGAAGAGGCGCGAAGUGAAAGAGAAGAAGUAUACAAUGGGAUGGGACAUCAUAGUAGUAAAAGUAGUAAAAGUAGUAGUGUAGUAGUUGACUAACUCGUAGGAUUUUGUGUAGAUAACAACAGCAGCAGCAAACAGCAAACAAAAAUAACAACAACAACAACAAAACCCAAAACAAACAAAAGCAAAUUUAAUCGUAGCGAACCAUGCAAACAAGUCUUCUACUAAUAGAUCAAAACGUUUGAAAACAGCCCUCACCCUCUGGUUUGAGAGAGCGAGCGAACGCGCGAGAACGGAAUAACGCUAAACUUAUUGAGAAUUACUCCCGAAUCUUUUGAAAGGAGGCAACCAUAUCUUUAUAUAUACAUAUACAUAGUGACAAACACAAACAAAAAUUCGAAAGAAAGGCAUAGCAAUUGGAGGCAAUCCCUGAUAAGCGCAAUAUUUUGACCAUUAUCCUUAUUAUUGUUUGAUUGUUCUAUCGAAACCAAACACUGACACUCUUCCCCCGCUCCCCCUCUCUCUCUCUCUCUGGGUGGGGGAAGCGAGUAGUGGGACUUAACGGUUGCGUUCGAGCCCAGAACAAGCGGUGAAGAAAAAAAAACCCGUAAGUUUCUUAAAGUGAAAAAAAAACCUACUAUAUACUACAAGUUGAAUUGAGCUUCAGAAGCUCCGUUCCCGCAUAAACUAAACCCAUUAGAGAGGAUAAACAGAUAAACAAAAGGGAGAGAAAAAAAAACCAAUUAGCUAAAGAUAACCUACGCACACUAACACACAAUUAUUAUGGUAAAAAAAAACAAAGUGCAGCGAAGAGCGCAACAACAAGCGGGAUAAGCUUCAAGUUCGAAUUCGAAUGUGGCAGUGUAGCAUUUGUCGAGUGUCUUUUUGAGAGGAGUAUUUUCUUUAUUCACUCGAAAACAGAUUCCAUUCAUUUUCACCGGUAGUGGUUUCUUUACGAAAUUCUGCUCAAUUUUAGUAAAAUUUAGUCAGUUUUUUUAUGAGUGGCAUUACUCAAUUUGGGAAGAAAAGAGUGACAAUUGGCGCAACGCUGACAGUGAAUUGAUAACAUGACUGAUAUGUGUAAAACAGAACUUGAGUAAACGGUACAAUGCGAAUUGAACGUGAAGACGUCUAAAGUCUGAAGGAUGGAGUCUUGGAGUCUUUAGAAAUUUAUCCUUUUUUUGCGAAUGUAUUUGAUUGUUGAACAUACAGUUGCAAUUCACAACAACUUUCUGAUUAACACGCAAAAAAAAAUUCAUGUUGUCGCUCGAUUUCCCAUCAAAUGUUUUCUCUAUAAAUGAUUCAAACCAUGAAGGAUAAAAUAAUUUCAGUAUGAUUUUUUGUGAUUUCUUAUCCAACGGAUUCUAAAAAUUGGACUGAUUCCCAUUUGACCGGAUCGAAGGAGGCGUUACCAAGGUUGACACUUUAUCGCGCGGGAUGUAGCAAACGCCUACCUUGAUCGCACACGCUACUAAGAUUAUCCCCGGAUCGAGAAAAAUCCUGCCGCAAUAUUAUUUAUCUUCCUUUUUUCAAGUGACAGCAUUAAAAAAUAUUCCCUCACGUCAAGUCAAAACUGUUAAUAUAGAGAACCGAAGCAAACCACACAAAGUAAUCAAAAUCGCACUGAAAAGAGCAGAAUCAAUGAGACAAAAAUGUGAGAAUAUAUCGCUCUCACAAGAAUAUGUAGUGAAAACAAGAAUGCACAAAGGAAAUACACAAACACUCACAGACACUCAAACACGCUUCAUUACAAGUUUUGGUUGUGACCGGAUUAACCUCUCGAGAAAACGUGUAGAGAAGAAGAUGUAAAACGAAGAAGCUGCAGAGAACGAAUCAAAAGGAUUUCUUUUCCAUACACACAAACACACACACACGAGUCGAAUCAAAUUAAAGCAAAACAAAUAAAUGAACAAUAUUAAAAGUCGUCGCCGCAACGUCCAUUGCGCAAGUUAGAGAAAAUCUAUUUUAUCACUGUCUUUAUCGGUUGACUUUUAAGAUUUAUCGCACACAGAGAAUAAUUCCGAGACAAAAAAAAAUUGAGUAGAAAAACCAAGGGAAGUCGUGUUCAGAAAGAGCGUAGUUACAAUUGAGGGAAAUGUACUGUUGGAAUCGUUCACAGACAGAGCAAGGAAGCAAAACAAACAGAAAAAAACAAGCAACUCAAAGAAAAACCGUGAGAUAUAAAUUAAUGGCAAUCGAGAAUUGUUGUAUCAACUACAAUAAACACACAACAAUAUGUUUAACGAAAACACUAACUAAUCAAAAACAUACUCAUAAUUGUUUUUCAGCAAUAAAGAAAACAGCAAAGGGAAGGAAAUUGAGAACCAAAAAAGCAAAGCAAACACAAAAGCAAAUCAAACGAAGCAUAUUAACGCCACACUGCUCACUCCUGUGUACCCCUGUUAUUGCGUUUACUAAGUUUCCACGUUUUCCAGUUUGUGUCCAAAAAUCGCGUUGAGUUUCGUUUUAUCUUUUUAUCUAGGAGGAAAGAACAAAACAAAAAUGUUGCGAUCGAACAUUACAUGAAAAACAUAACACACACUCACAUUUACUAUCCUGUGAUUUUAGCUGAAAUUAGUGCAAAAAAUGAGAAACGAGAAAAAAAAUACUGUUGGCUGUUGUUUAAGACUAUUUCUUGUUUCAGCAGGUUUUUAUUUUUGGACUUUUCCGUUACUCUUCUACGGGGGAUUGGAUUCGAAAUCGUUGAAUCCUUCCCAAGUUUGGUUCACCAACUGGUUUGUGUGUAAGCCCCGUUUAUUUGUUUCGACUCGUUUGAACUUUGUUUUGUUUGUUCCGAACUCAUUGAGGCAAUUAUCAUAAAUGGAACAAAAUGUGGAUAAAUAUUUUUAAUGAAAUUAUAUUAAAGUGAAUAGUGAGGAGAAAACGAAAAAAACAUAUAUUAGUAAAAUGAAUAUAUUUAUAGUGUUAUACUUGAAAUAACAUCAUAACUGAUAUGGAAAUAUAAAUUUAUUAUAUAUACAUUAAACAAGAAAAGGUAAAUAAACUAUAUAAUGAAAAAUAAUAUAUGAAUUGAAUGUAAGGCAUUUUUUACCAGGAAAAAAACCAAGAAAAAAUACAAAAACCAAUAUAUAUACACAACACACAUAAAAUAUAUAUUAUGCGCAUGGGAAAGAGCAUGACAAACUGAAGAAAAAAGUAUGCAAAAAUAACAGAAUUAAAGUUAAAUAAAUGAACCAAAAAAAAAACAAAAUGUGAAUAAGUAAAGGAAUUAUAUACAAGCAUAAAUUGAUUAUUUUGAUGAAAGCAAAACCAAAAAAACUAUAUUUAUAAAUAAAAACGUAAGUAAACAACCAAGUACAGUUUAACGAGACCAUAGUCAAUAGCAUACAAUUACUGCAGAAGAAUACCAGAACCAGAAAAAAAAACAUGCACAUACAUACACACACAGAACAAAAGAAACACACACACACACACACACACUCACACACGUUGGAAUGGAACUCCCUUUCCCCGCGGGUGGAUGAGGCGUUGAGACGUGUUCGAUCGUUACGCUAGGCUCUCGGCGAGGUGCGGCCCGUUGAUGAGAAUGUUUUUUUGCGGCUUCGAAGUGAGAGGUGUCGAACAAUCGCCGAACAUCGCCUCGCCACCCCUCAAAAAGCCACAUCAAUAUAUCUAAACAAAACUUAGCGAGUAAUAGCAGCAGCAGCGAAAGUGAGUUAAAAAACACAAAAAGGAAAAAAAAUAUUGAUAUAAGUGGAGGAAAAAUUACAACAUUUGCACACUAUAGAUGUAGAAGCACCAAACAACAAUGAUUAAACAUAAUGAAUUGUUAUAAACGAAGAAAAAAAAGUAGGAGGAAACGAAAAUUGAACUUAAGGCGAAUCUAUCAUAAACCAAACAGAGAGAAAGAAAACAAUGUAGGGUGUUGACACAGAAAGGAAGAACAUUUUUUCCAAUAUACCAAAAACAACAACAACAACAACAACAUCUAAUGCAAGCGACUUGGGUUGGAGAGAACAUAAAGAAACAAAAAUAUCUACACACACGCAUAUAGUUAAUAGCUUGUGGUUUUGAGCAAAAAAAGAGUGUUUUGUUUCAUCUUUUCUUCCGAAAGUGUGGCGGCCAGAAAGCAAGAGCACGCAAAACAAUUGGCUAAACAAAAACUAGCAUACGAAAAGGGUGAGCAAAAGGAAAGAUGGCACUUGCGAGCGGGAAAUAAAC